AAUAACCCAAUGUUAACUGUGACCCAUGGGCCUAAAGUUAUAGACAGUGGGAUGGAAAAGAAAGAUAUAAAACUCACUGUUCUGGUUUACUUGUUGGCUGUUAGUUAGUGCGUCUAUAUCAUUAAUUAGACAGUGUUCUCACUUGAGCUAAAGCAUCAUAUGUUAUUAAUGUCAUUACCAAAGUUUAGUGGAUUCUUUAUUCCAAAAAGAAACGCAUGGAUCCCGUUAUAGAAGUGAUCACGUGAGCAUCUAUGAUGGUGGGCCUUAGCUGACGGCAUCAAAGAUUAUUUAUUUGGUGUGAUGUGGUGUAAUCAAUUAUUAAUAACUCUAGUGUUGUUAUUUUAUUCUGGUGACUGGUGAGGCAGAUGCAUCUUGGAGCAGGUUUUCAAAUUUCAUGUUCUGAAUGAACUAAUGAAAGUUUUCAAAUCCCCGAAGUUUUCUUUGGUUUUUCUAGUGCUCUUCAUCAAUUUUUCCCUUGUUUUCUUCACUCCUUCAAAUGAAGAUCAUGUGAUACAUAUCCACUCUACUUCUUUUGCACUUUCUGGUAUCAAAGACAACCAUGUAAGUGUGAUCUCCCCACAAGAAAAAUUAUCUGCAAAGGACAGCUACAAUAAUACAAAGCAAACAUGGAUUAAGUUUGGCAAUGGCAAGAAGAACAAGACUAGUUUGGAGAGGAUUGAAGAAUGUUUAGCACGAUCUCGAGCAAUGAUUCAGAAAGCAAUUCGAUCCAAGAAGAAGAGUUUUGUCUCAAAAGGAUCCAUUUACUUGAAUCCACAAGCUUUUCAUCAGAGUCACAUGGAAAUGAUGAAGAGAUUCAAGGUGUGGGUAUACAAGGAAGGAGAGCAACCAUUGAUGCAUGAUGGACCUGUAAACAACAAAUAUUCUAUUGAAGGUCAAUUCAUUGAUGAAAUAGACACAAGUAACAAGAGCCCCUUCAUGGCUAGCCAUCCUGAACAGGCUCAUGUCUUCUUUCUUCCUUUCAGUGUUGCUAAGGUCAUUCGCUAUGUUUACAAGCCUAGAAGGUCCAAAUCUGACUAUGAUCCUGAUCGCUUACAACGUUUGGUGGAGGAUUAUAUAAGCAUUGUUGCAAAUAAGUAUCCUUAUUGGAACAGAAGCAAAGGUGCUGACCAUUUUCUGGUUUCAUGCCAUGAUUGGGGUCCAAGAAUUUCCUAUGCCAAUCCUGAACUCUUCAAAUACUUCAUCAGGGUACUCUGCAAUGCCAACACUUCAGAAGGAUUCAAACCCAAUAGAGAUGUAUCCAUCCCUGAAGUGUAUUUGCCUGCUGGAAAGCUUGGCCCGUCAAACACGCAUCAACACGCCGAUAACCGCGCAAUAUUAGCCUUUUUUGCUGGUGGAGUCCAUGGAAACAUUAGGAAGAAACUGCUCAAGCAUUGGAAGGACAAGGAUAAAGAAGUGCAAGUUCAUGAGUACCUUCCUAAGGGUCAAGACUACACAAAGUUGAUGGGACUCAGCAAGUUCUGCUUGUGCCCCAGUGGGCAUGAAGUGGCAAGUCCUAGGGUGGUGGAAGCAAUUUAUGCAGGGUGUGUCCCUGUGAUAAUUUGUGAGAACUACUCUCGGCCCUUCAGUGAUGUGCUUAAUUGGAGUCAAUUCUCCAUGGAGAUUGCAGUUGACAGAAUACCAGAAAUUAAGACUAUAUUGCAAAAUGUGUCAAAAGAUGAGUACAUGGAGUUGUAUUUGAAUGUGAGAAGGGUUAGAAGACAUUUUGUGAUAAACAGGCCUGCAAAGCCAUUUGAUUUGAUACAUAUGAUACUUCACUCAGUCUGGCUCAGAAGGAUAAAUUUCUUGCUAACUGAUUCACAAUAAAAGGAUUGUGCAUAGACUCCUUUUCCA